GAGAUGAGGGGCGGUGGCGCUCGAGGAGUGGGCCGGGGAGCUAACGGGUCGACCGCGGAGAGGACGUGUUGAUUGGGUGGCUCAGAGGGAGACGGACCAGAGCCGACCGCGGAUUGGCCGUGACGAGCCGUGAAGGCGUGGCCGGCGCGCGCGAGAGGGAGCGCGAGAGAGCGGGUGGCCGGCCUGCCUGCCAACUGGCCGGAGCCCCGGGCGAGCGCGGCGGGCAGGGGUCGGGUUGAGGAACGCGGCGUGGGAGGCGCGUCCCCUAGCUCCGCCGCAGCCUCCCUCCGCGGCUCGAGCACCGCGCUUCCUUCCCUCCCCUCCCCUGCGCUCCGGCCUGGGGUCUCGGGGCGGGGAGCGGAGGGAAGGGACGAAGGAGGAGGAGGCGAAAGCGGAGUGAGGGGCGGAGGGGGUCCCGGCGCGGGGCGAAGCGCGCUCUGCCUCUCGCUCUCCCGCCUUAGCCGCCGCCUUCUCGCCCGGUGCCGCGGCCCCGGGGCGUCCGCACUAUGCAGGCGGACUGCCGGCCGCCGCUAUGGCGAGCCGGGCGGUGGUGAAAGCGGGGCACAGCCCUCAUCGUUCCCUAGUCCGGGCCGUGGCCGCCGCCCCCGCCCCCGCCCGGGCCGCGCUCCCCCUCUCCCGUUCCUACCCCCUCCCUCCCCGCUCCAACUCCUCCUCCUUCCCCAUGCCUCUGUGCCUCCUCCUCUUACUUAUCCUGCUCCUGCUGCUGGAGGACGCCAGAGCCCAGCAAGGUGAUGGAUGUGGACAUACUGUACUAGGCCCUGAGAGUGGAACCCUUACGUCCAUAAACUACCCACAGACCUAUCCUAACAGCACCGUUUGCGAAUGGGAGAUCCGCGUGAAGAUGGGAGAGAGAGUGCGCAUCAAAUUUGGUGACUUCGACAUUGAAGAUUCAGAUUCUUGUCACUUUAAUUACUUGAGAAUUUAUAACGGAAUUGGAGUUAGCAGAACCGAAAUAGGCAAAUACUGUGGUCUGGGGUUGCAAAUGAACCAUUCAAUUGAAUCAAAAAGCAAUGAAAUUACAGUGCUGUUCAUGAGUGGAAUUCAUGCUUCUGGACGAGGAUUUUUGGCCUCAUACUCAGUUAUAGAUAAACAAGAUCUAAUUACUUGUUUAGACACUGCAUCCAGUUUUUUGGAACCUGAGUUCAGUAAGUACUGCCCGGCUGGUUGUCUGCUUCCUUUUGCUGAGAUCUCUGGAACGAUCCCUCAUGGAUAUAGAGAUUCCUCGCCGUUGUGCAUGGCUGGUGUGCAUGCAGGAGUAGUGUCAAAUGUUUUGGGUGGCCAAAUCAGCGUCGUAAUCAGCAAAGGCAUCCCGUACUAUGAAAGCUCCCUGGCUAACAACGUCACGUCUGUGGUGGGACACUUAUCUACAAGUCUUUUUACAUUUAAAACAAGUGGUUGUUAUGGAACACUGGGGAUGGAAUCCGGCGUGAUUGCCAAUCCUCAAAUAACGGCCUCAUCUGUGCUGGAGUGGACGGACCACACGGGGCAGGAGAACAGCUGGAAACCUGAAAAGGCCAGGCUGAAAAAACCUGGACCUCCUUGGGCUGCUUUUGCCACUGAUGAGUAUCAGUGGUUACAAAUAGAUCUGAACAAGGAAAAGAAGAUCACAGGCAUUGUAACCACUGGCUCCACCAUGGUGGAGCACAAUUACUACGUGUCAGCCUACAAAAUUCUCUACAGUGAUGAUGGGCAGAGAUGGACUGUGUACAGAGAGCCUGGUGUGGAGCAGGAUAAGAUAUUUCAAGGAAACAAAGAUUAUCACCAGAAUGUGCGUAAUAACUUUCUGCCACCAAUUAUUGCACGUUUUAUUAGAGUGAAUCCCACCCAAUGGCAGCAGAAAAUUGCCAUGAAAAUGGAACUGCUUGGAUGUCAGUUUAUUCCUAAAGGUCGUUCUCCAAAACUUACUCAACCUCCACCUCCUCGGAACAGCAAUGACCUCAGAAACACUACAGCUCCUCCCAAAAUAGCCAAAGGUCGUGCCCCCAAAUUUACUCAACCACUGCAACCUCGAAGUAGGAAUGAAUUUCCUGCACAGACAGAGCAAACAACUGCCACUCCUGAAAUCAAGAAUACUACCGUAACUCCAAAUGUCACCAAAGAUGUAGCCUUGGCCGCAGUCCUUGUCCCUGUGCUAGUAAUGGUCCUCACCACUCUCAUCCUUGUACUGGUGUGUGCUUGGCAUUGGAGAAACAGAAAGAAAAAAACUGAAGGCACCUAUGACUUACCUUACUGGGACCGGGCAGUCUCUUUUGCUUGUGAUCGCAAUGAAGGCUGGUGGAAAGGAAUGAAGCAGUUCCUCCCUGCCAAGUCAGUGGAACAUGAGGAAACCCCAGUUCGCUACAGCAGCAGCGAAGUCAAUCAUCUGAGUCCGAGAGAGGUCACCACAGUGCUGCAGACUGACUCUGCAGAGUACGCACAGCCACUUGUGGGAGGGAUUGCUGGCACGCUUCAUCAGAGAUCUACCUUUAAGCCAGAAGAAGGAAAAGAAGCAGGCUAUGCCGAUCUGGACCCGUACAGCUCCCCGGCACAGGAAGUGUACCACGCCUAUGCUGAGCCGCUCCCAGUCACUGGGCCCGAGUACGCCACCCCCAUCGUCGUGGACAUGUCCGGGCACCCAGCAGCCUCAGUUGCUCUGCCGUCAACGUCCACUUUCAAAGCUGCAGGGAACCAGCCUCCCCCUUUAGUGGGGACAUACAACACUCUUCUCUCCAGGACUGACAGCUGCUCCUCAGCCCAGGCCCAGUAUGAUACCCCAAAAGGUGGGAAGCUGGGUCCGAGUGCCCCAGACGAACUGGUGUACCAGGUGCCGCAGAGCACGCAGGAGGUACCUGGAGCGGGGAGGGAUGGUGAAUGUGAUGUUUUUAAAGAAAUCCUUUGAAGGUGAUGCUGCUUUUCACAAAGCAUCAUUUUAAAGCACAUGGCCUUUUUUAAAAUUGUAUUCGUGGUAGUGCUAUAUAGAAUGUAUUACAUGUCUGUCACGGAUGUGGUUGGGGGAUGUGGUGACCGAGGUACAGGAACUACGAAUCUUGCCGUUUCGCUUUGGAAGUGUUACUGUGGCACAGUUAACUGCUUGCCUAUUAAACUUCAAGGAUCUUGUUUGUUACUACUGUAAAACACUAUUUUAAUACAGAAAAAGCUCCCUACUAUGCACUUCAAAGAAAUUAAAAAUCACUGAGAGUAUUUAUUACCAAUGCUGCAGGUACAUUGAUGAACUCGAGAGAUGGCUCUGUAAGCCUGACUGGCAAUAACGCAUGGUACUGUUCUUAAAAUGUCUAAUGGCUUGAAAUUCUGCUCUCUUUGUGAAAGGUGGGUAUUGUCAUGAUCUCCUCCUCUCCCAUUAUUGCUUUCUGGAUUUCUUUGUAAUAAUCAGUGAUUAUAAUCACGGUUUCCAUUGCAAUCGUAUACACUUACCCAUCUUUCCUGAGGAAGAUCUGUAGCUGGGACACUGACCUGUAAUGCGCAGUGUGACUGAUCUUUCACUUUUUGACACUCGUAAGAGCUUUAACACUUCAUGGUACGUGACCUGGUCUUACCCUACUUCUUCCACCAGGGCCCUCAGUAGCCAGCCCCAUUCUUAUGUUUCUAGAUGCUUGAGUAUUUUCAGUGGUUGAAGCUUGCUUAUUAGCCUCCUCAAUUCAGAUCCUCUAAUGUCGCCACGUGGAAACAGGAACAACUUCACAAUUUUAAAAAAGCUAUGAAGGAGAUUCUCUGGCCGCCGAAUUUUUUUGCAAUGGAAUUUUUCUCAGAGUUGUGAAAAGUUGAGGCUUCUAAGUCAAUACUAAACAAGACCCACUUAUAUUUUAUCACGUGAAAGGCAAAAUCAUUCCUCAGAAGUCAUAUAAACUACCUUCCAAAAAAAGUAAGUAACCUGAAUUUACCUUCUUUGUUUUUAUAUAUGCAGAGUUUUCUUUGAAUCUCAAGGUAUUUUUAGUCAAAUAAAGAAAUAUUUGUUUUCCACAGUAAAUGAUUAUAGAUCCAACAUAAUACAAAUCAUCAUGUAUUCUUCAGCGUGGCGUGAUUCUGCCAUCUGUGUGGGAAAGGUGUGAGUGGUCCUUCAUAUCACACCUAGGGAACAGAUGUUACAGCAUCCUAGCAAGGGAUAAUUCCUUCUUGUUUUUGAUGCCUCUGGACAACUUCUUUGUCAGUACUUUCCCAGAACUAGUUUUAGAUGGCUGAAAUAGAAACUGCCUGCAAUUUAUUAGCCUGUAGUGUAAAAAUCAUCUUUAAAAGUCUUUAGACUGGCAAGAUGAUAUGAGAAGCUGACCGUAUGAUUAAAAUAUAUAAGUUUGAUAUCUCCUCAUCUGUAAACCUUAGUUUGUAGACUUAACAUUCCCCAUCAGGUUCUAGUCAUUGUCUCAGCCUGUGCCACGAGAUGAUGCUGCCAGAAUUUGCUAAAUUUGACUAAAGAUGAACAGUGUUUGUUGUGCUUGUUUCCAUGAAUGUAUGUAUCAGUAUCGUAUGUAAAUCAUUGCUUCAAACCAGAACUGUUGAUUUCCUUGCCUUUUUGUUGUAUGAUUAUGUUAUUUUCAUUUGCUCUUCUUCUUCCAGCAAACUUUGAGGCAUAAUUUUUGUUCACUGAAAGACCAAUAUACAUUUUUGUUUCAAAAUAUUUGAAACAAAAGGCACAGAUGUUGAAUUUUUAUUAGAACAGAUAUGAAUGUGUAAAGCACAUGUAUUAAUGCAAUCAUCCCCUUUCAGGUGGGAAGAGAGUAAACCAAUUGUUUUAUUUUUUAAUUCAUCCUUAGCACACAGAAAAUACACUUUUUCACAAAUCAUAUGCCUGUUUGAAGCUUUAAGAGAAGUAAUUUCAGUAACUAUUUCAUUUUUUCCAAAGAUGCUAUUUUGUGUAAUUGUGUGCACCUGGUUGUUUUCCCAUGGAACUUUUUUUGAAAAGCAAAUGUUUUCUCAAAUAAUGCAUGUUUUAAGACUUGAUUCAUAUAUUGCCACUGGGCUGUCCUUGAACUUACCAAUGAUUUUUUAUAAAAUACCUAGUUUUUACUAUUACUACAUAUUUUACUUUCUAAAUGAAGAGCUGAGCCUGAUACAAAGGGUUGUUGAGGUUUUGUACUUUUUCUUUUCGUUCAUUUGUUUUCAUAUUGGACUUUUGGGCUUUUUUCUUUUAAGGUUAAUACGUCUGAUAUAUAUAUACAGUUUUGGAGACAAUCAAGUAACAACUGAAAAUGUGAAAAUCUUUUUUUUUUUUUUUUUUUUACAAAAUUCCCUUGAAUUUUUAUUGAAACAUAUAAAAGACAAGUCACUGUGGCUUAUUGGAUUAAAUUUUUUUUUUCCUGUUAAUGCAAAUUUUAAGACAGUGGUGCAGCAGAUGUGCCCUUUCAUAAACUCACAACUUCGCUGUUACUUGAUCUUAGGAACCAGCACAGUUAAAGAUAUAGUGAAUGCUGAUUUAUAUUUUAUUAAAAGCUGUAAAUCUAAAUAGAUCCUAUUGUGUGUGCAGAGUCUAGUCCAGUUAUUUAAUUUCAUGUUUCACUGUUUGCACUUUGCAUUGAACAAUGGGUUUAUUUGCUGAUGAAAUGGUUCAAGUAGAGGAUUUAUACAGUAAUUGAAAUUACGAUGUUCCAUAUACUCUUGCCCCUCUCCCCCACCACCCACAGGAGGGAGCAGAAAAUGAGCUCGUUUAAAUAUGAAUGUGGCCAUAAUUCUAUGGAAUGUGAUAAAGCUUGAACUUCUUUCCCUCAGCUCCACAUUGUCACCUGGAGAGCAAGAGGGUUACAGAGACACCAUGUCAGAUGGUAUGAAUAGAUGAGGUGGGACAGUAAAAGCUUUUCAACCCCCUCAUAAGAGAAAUCAGUGAAGCUCUGCUUUAAAAAAUUACCUGUUAGCUCUGCCUUUCAGUUCUGAACUUGAAGUCCCUACACUGCAAAAUCUAAGAGUUGGAUGAUUAUUAAAAUAUUUUUUAGGUCAGUUUGGCACCUAUCCUCAUUUAAUCCAACUUGUGACUAGUUUCUUCUCAUCUCCUCCUGUUUGUUUUUUUUGGCACUGGGAAAGGUAGAAAAACAUAUUAGAAAUUAAAACGGCUUGCGUGUCAGUGGUGUCUCCCAGAAUGUACUUUUCUUACCUCGGCGUGUACUGUAGUCACCCAGUAUUUGUAUAUGUUGCUAGAAUUUAGAUGGUAUAAAUAGUGAGACUCUAAUGUGUUCAAGUGUUUUUAAUAAAUUGUAUAUAUGUGUCUUGCUCA